GCCUAGAGCAGCCUUUGGGAGAGAUGGCUCCUGGCGCUAAUGGAGAGAAACUGCUGAAGUCAUGAGGCUGCUUCAGGCAGAGACCUCAUGUGAGUCAUAUGAAAACUCUAGCAUUACUGACCUCUGACAAAGGGGAGUGAGCAAGGAGCAGAGAGGAAGAAGGGAAGAAUUAGCAGGCUAUUUCCCACCACCACCCCCCUCACCUCGGUGAUUAUGGGUCAAGAGCUGUGCUCAAAUGCUCUCCAGCCAGGAUGCAGCUGUUAUCGGCCAGAGGGAGGAGAUGCCCGCAGCUGCCCAAGGAGUCAGCCUGGGGCAGUGGAUUCUGCAGUAGAGCUAACAGAACUGAGAAGAGCAUCACGCUCCAUGACAUCACUGUACCCCAAGGAAUCACAUGCAUCCCAGGCCCGGAAAUUGAGGAGUAAAAGGCCAAGGAGCAACAGUGAUUCUUUCCAAGAAAAGGACCUUGAACAAAGUUUUCCAUGGAGGAAGAGCCUUCCUUUUGGAGCUGCCUCAUCAUACCUGAAUUUGGAAAAAUUAGGUGAAGGCACUUAUGCCACAGUCUACAAGGGGAUCAGCCGGAUAAAUGGUCAACUCGUGGCUUUAAAAGUCAUCAGCAUGAAUACUGAGGAAGGGGUACCCUUCACAGCCAUUCGAGAAGCCUCCCUCCUGAAGGGUUUGAAGCAUGCCAAUAUUGUGCUCCUGCAUGACAUUAUCCACACCAAAGAGACCCUGACUUUUGUUUUUGAAUACAUGCAUACUGAUCUGGCCCAGUAUAUGUCUCAACAUCCAGGAGGUCUUCAUCCUCACAAUGUCAGGCUCUUCAUGUUUCAACUUUUGAGGGGCCUGGCUUACAUCCACCAUCAACACAUUCUUCACCGGGAUCUGAAACCUCAGAACUUACUCAUCAGUUAUCUGGGAGAACUCAAAUUAGCUGAUUUUGGUCUUGCUCGGGCCAAGUCCAUCCCCAGUCAGACAUACUCUUCGGAAGUAGUGACACUCUGGUAUCGUCCUCCAGAUGCAUUGCUAGGAGCCACAGAAUAUUCCUCUGAUUUGGAUAUCUGGGGUGCAGGCUGCAUCUUUAUUGAAAUGCUCCAGGGUCAACCUUUGUUUCCUGGAGUUUCUGAUAUUCUUGAACAACUAGAAAAGAUCUGGGAGGUAUUGGGGGUCCCUACUGAGGAUACUUGGCCUGGAGUUUCCAAGCUACCUAACUACAAUCCAGAGUGGUUCCUGCUGAGUAAGCCCCAAGGUCUCCAGGUCGUCUGGAACAGGUUGGGCAAGAUUCCAGGAGCUGAAGACUUGGCCUCUCGAAUGCUCAGAGGCUUCCCACGAGAUCGGGUCUCUGCCCAAGAAGCUCUCGCCCAUGAUUAUUUCAAUGUCCUACCAGCUGAGCUACACCAGCUUCCAGAUGUGGAGUCUUUGUUUACAGUGCCAGGAGUGAGACUAAAACCAGAAAUCUGUAAUCUCUUUGCCUCUUACCAGAGAAGUCAUCACUCAGCUCGAUUCAGCAAGUGCUGGUGAAAAGAGAGUGAAGAAUCACUAAUCCUCCCAGUGUCUUUGAGGAACUGAAGUUGGCAUCUUCCUAGUGAUCAGCCUGAAGGUUUGCAAGACUUAAGUGACCCUCCCAUCAUACUUUCAUGGACUCUUUCUGGUACAAGUGUUUCCAGAAAAGCUGAUGGGGAUGCCUUUCACUGGGGCUCCAGUUGUUCCAAAGAGACAUCUCUAAGGUCACAAGGGCCAUUGGCAGAAGCAGGAUUAUCUGAAGAUCUUGAAGGUUUCUUUAGGAACUUGAAGAAAUUCCCCUAUACCACCCAGAAACCAGAGUCUUUCAGAAAUGACGAUGAUAUGCCUGCUGGGGUUGGGAGGUUUAACCUCGUGUUCAUUCCCCUUUGGAAAGGGGAGGGACAUUUCUUGAAGACUCAGAAGGCCUUUUGAUGGUCUACUGGAUUAUAUGACAUCUCCCAGACACCAGUCUGGGAUCAUCCUUGAAAAGACACAAAUCCUAGUUUCCUUCAAGGGAUAGAGUUCCGGUAUCACCAUCCACAUGAGGCCUUUCUUGAGCCCCCUAACUUGAGCCUCCUAACACCAACACCGUUCUCCACUAAGCUGCAUUGUAUUGACUAUGUAUUCUUUUGCAUUUAGUAACCUGAACACAUGUUAUGCCUACCAGUAGAAUGUAAGCCCCCCAAGGGCAAGGACUGUUUUCAUUUUUGUAUUUCUCUUCUAAGCACCUGGCACACCGUACCUGGCUCUCAAUAAAUGCCUGUUGAAUUGGAACAA